AGUAUUACCAACAUAUAACUUUACACAACUGUUGAAAGAUAUUCGACAAGGAUAUUAUUAACCUAUAACAACUAAAGUUUUGACAGAAUUAAUCUAACUAACCAUCAUAAAGACGUAUAAAACUUCAAAAUGCCUAUUUUGGAUAAACGAAAAGGUGAUGACAUCUUAGCUUUGGUACCUGCUUCAAAAAGAACCAAAAAUGAAGUCGUCUUCAGUAGCAGAGAAAAAGCAGUGGUUCAAAGCGGACCACCAAGAACAUCAUCGUUAAUGGCUCCUAUCAUGCUUUUGGAAGGACAUCAAGGCGAUGUUUUUUCACUUGAGUUUCAUCCAGAGGGCCAGUAUCUUGCAUCUACUGGAUUUGAUCGACAAAUCUUUAUUUGGAAUGUUUAUGGGGAAUGUGAAAAUAUCUCUACAAUGACUGGUCAUAGUGGAGCAGUAAUGGAAUUGCAUUUUAGUCCGGAUGGAAGUAAUUUGUAUACGGCUAGCACAGAUAUGACUUUAGGUUUAUGGGAUAUAGUGGUAGGCACAAGAAUUAAGAAAUUAAAAGGACAUACAUCUUUUGUUAAUUCUGUAUCUGGAGCUAGAAGAGGACCUACGCAAUUAUGUUCAGGUAGCGAUGACAGUACAAUACGCGUUUGGGAUCCAAGAAAAAGAGGACAAUGUUAUACAUUGAAUAAUACGUAUCAGGUAACUUCAGUAACAUUUAAUGAUACGGCAGAACAAGUAAUAAGCGGUGGAAUUGACAAUGAUAUUAAAGUAUGGGAUUUGAGAAAAAAUUCAAUCCUUUAUAAAUUGAAAGGACACUCCGAAACUAUUACUGGAUUAAGUCUUAGUCCCGAUGGUUCGUAUAUUCUGUCAAACGCCAUGGAUAAUACUUUAAGAAUAUGGGAUGUAAGACCUUUUGCUCCAUACGAACGUUGUGUCAAAAUUCUGUCUGGUCAUCAACAUAAUUUCGAAAAGAAUCUUCAGAGAUGUGCAUGGUCUCCAGAUGGUAGUAAAGUAUCAGCCGGAUCAUCAGACAGAUUUCAAUAUAUUUGGGAUACCACUAGUCGUAGAAUAUUAUAUAAAUUACCUGGACAUAAUGGUUCUGUAAAUGAUGUUGAUUUUCAUCCAAAGGAACCAAUAGUGUGCUCUGGAUCAAGUGACAAACAGAUAUAUAUAGGAGAAAUCGAAACAUAAUCAAUAUUUUAUAAAUUAUACUUUUGUAUAUAUAAACGAGUAUUUCGAUUUGUCUUUUAUU